AUGGCUGAUUUAUUAGAACGAAUGGUCAACCAACAGGGUCAAAGCCAAGUACAGCAUGCUGGAAAUCAUGAGGGAGAGGAGCGUGCCUUAGAACGGUUUCAGAAGUUUCUACCGCCAAAAUUUUUAGAUGGACCUGACCCUGAUAUAGCGGAGAGUCGGUUGGAGCGAAUGUUAGACAUUUUUGCUGCGUUAGGAUACCCGAAGGAACGGCAGAUAGCUUUCGCCGUUUUUCAAUAUGAGGGAACGGCUCGUGCCUGGUGGAAUGUGAUUCGAGCCAAGUGGGAUAGAGAACAAACCCCAUGGACAUGGGUUAAUUUCACUCGUGAGUUUAAUUACAAGUACCUAAGGCCACUUGUUCUAGAAAGGCGAGAGGAUGAGUUUAUACGCCUACGUCAAGGGAUUAUGAGUGUGGCGGAGUACGCGACGCAAUUUACUAAACUCUUUCAUUUUGCUCCAGAGUCAGUGCUGACAGACCAAAGGAGAAUUCGUCGGUUUAUCCAGGGUUUGAAUGUGGAGUUUCAAGAGGCACUGGCAGUUGCUCAAUUGGAGACAUAUAGUCAAGCUAUUGAAAAGGCACAAAGGAUUGAAAGUACUAAGAAUCAAGUAAAGGCUUUUCAUGAUAAGAAAAGGUGA